UUGCAGGAAGGAGUUGGUCAGCUUGCGUGGUGUAGAAGGCGAUGAGGGGAACUAGAGCGCAUGCAGGAUUUUUCCCAGUGUGUUAGUUCCAAGCGGAGCGGUGACAGUGAAGGAGAGGGAGGGAGGGUGGGUAGUGGGGGAAGGCAGGGACCCAGUGUGCAGCAUGCAGAGUGAGCGGAGGCAGAGCAAAUGAUUAGAUGCUGCAGGAAAGCGCCAUUGUCUGUGUCAGCAGCCUUGCCCCUUGCCAGAUUUCUCCAUCUUCAUUAAAUGCAUUGGGAUCUGCAGAGAGGAGCCGUUUGCUCAAUGGUGCUUUUUAUCACUUGUUUCCUUUUCGCCGUAAAGAGUGCCUUUGCGAUCUCUGCCACCGUUAGUGAUGACAACCAAAUCAUAGUGUCACUCCAGCCAUCAGAUGUGACCAAUGGAUCCUCUUGGUAUUAUGUGAAGAUAACACAGUCUGUUAACCUGACUAGUUAUAAACUCCAGUUCAAGGACUUCAACCAUACACUCCCUCCUCCUGUAGUCUUCAAUGCUUCUUACCAUGGAAUCUACUACUUGAUUACUCUCCUGAUCGGAAACUCGCAAUCAACUGCUAAGCCAGUGCACUUGGUUGCUGUAUUAACAAAACCUCUUCCUAUCAACAGUGUGGCAAUAUAUGAUUACAAGCAGUCGCCACAAACUGGAGUCCUAUUUGAUAUUCAAUAUCCAAAGCAGACCACCAACUUUUUCUCAAGGUUAAAAUUAAGCUACUUUGAAGGCAACCAUUACCGAUCAUCCCUCCACAAAGACUUUCUGAAAGGCAAAUUAAUUUUCAACACUUGGCUACCAGGAACAUGUUACAGUAACAUCACAUUGCAGCUGGUGGCCGAGGCCAACGUCAACAGAGUUCCAUUAAUGGAGUACAGUGCUGUUGGUCAUGAACCGAAACAUCAUCGAACAGUUCCCUAUCCCCCAGGCAAUGUGUCAAUGAAGAUUGUGUAUGGAGGAAGCCAAUUUAACAGUGAAAGUCAUGCUGGUCAUGAACAGUUUUCACUCAACGCUAACAAAGUGGUGGUUGAAGGAAGAAAUAUAGUCGAUACUGAGGUCAGUGAUCUCACAACCACCAAACCAGUCAGUAAGGAAGAUCAUAAAUCAUCCGGUGAAGGUGACAGCAGAGGAAUUUCUAAUUGGGCGCAGGAGUUCCAGCCGGAUAGUAAAGAAGCCUCGGCAAGUGGAAGUGAUUACUUAGAUGUAAUGAACAUCACUGAAGUGAACGCACAACACGUCACGUACACGACUACAGAGCCCGUGAGUUCUGUUGCCAAUCCAAAGACUGUUUGGCUUGUGCUCGAAUGGUUCCCUCCAAAGCCACCUACAGCCUAUGAUGGGUUCAACAUUUAUAUCCAAAGGCAAGGGCACCCCACUGAUGUUUACAGAGUGGAUAAUAACAGUUAUCUAUUCGAGGUGCAGCUCAGAGAGCCAGGGAAAUACAUUGUAAAUGUGACAACGGUCAGUUCCUUUGGUACCUGUCUGACUAGAGAGGGCUCGUCCAAGAGACCCCUGACUUUCUACCUGAGUUCUUCUGGGAAAUGGUUUAAGGAGGUCACUGAAAUUCCUCAAAACGUUUAUGUGAAGGUGCUGAACUCUAUCACUGCCCUUGUAUUCUGGACUCAGUCGCAAGAAACCAGCAAUGACUGUAUUGUGUCGGUUCUGUCUCUCUCUUGUCAGCAGCAAGCAGAAGGACAAAGAAUUGAAUCACUUUAUUGCUCAAAGGUAAACCUGAGUGGUAAUAUCAUUGAAAACCUUAUGCCUGGAGCACAUUAUCAGGUGGUGGUCUAUCUGAAGAAUGGUCCAUCAGUAGGCCCUCCGUCUCCCCCGGUUACGUUCAGCUUGAGCCCACCAGGAGUGAAGAAGCUCCGACUGUAUCCUCUGGGGCCCACGGCAGUGGUGCUGAGCUGGAGCAGGCCACAUGCUGUGGUCUUCAAGAAGUACCUUGUGGAAAUGUACCAUCACAACCCAAAGAAUCGGAAGUCAAAAUGGAAAACAGUUCAAGAUAUUCCAUUCACAAGUGCCUUAACAACCUCAAUGAUUGUGACUGACCUGCGACCGGCAUCGCGCUACGUAUUCCGUGUAUUGAUGGUGUCGUGGGGAGAGCCUGAACGUAGUUGCUGUGACAGAUCAUUAGCACGCUUUAUAACAGCACCACUGGCUCCAGAGAUUACAUGGCUGGAGUAUUCCAAGGAUGUAUUGUCUGUCAGCUGGAAGUAUGGGAACGCUACAACGGGAACAUCAGAUUCAACCCUCGCAUACUGGCUGGUCAUUGCUGUUGGACGAAGGAUCAUUAAGAAAAGUGUGCCGCCCAGUGUAAUGACAACCCUGCUUCGAUUGCCUCCCGGGGAUAUAUACAACAUUACUGUUGUAGCCUACACAGAAGGAAGCAGCAAUUCAUCCAUUCCACGAAUAAUUCAACUCCAGCCUGCUUCUCCCAAGUCACUCUUCACUGUGAACAGAACGCGGUCGUCUGUGACCCUCCUGUGGGUCGAGGAAGGGGUCACUGAUCAUUACAGGGUCAUUUGUAAACAGGUGGGAUCAAAGAAGGAAGCAAAGAAAGAAGAGGCCACAGUGUACGCACCCAUUGUUACACUCUCCAAUCUUGUCCCGUCGACCUCCUACAACUGCAGCGUGACCAGUGUCAGCUACGAACAUUACAGUGCUCCAGUAUUCAUCACCGUCUCAACAGUUGCAGACGUCAGUUCGAACAUGGUGGUGAUUUCUGUCUUGGCAAUUCUAAGUAUCCUGCUGAUAGGACUACUGCUGAUCACACUCUUUAUUCUUCGACGGAAACACUUGCAACAUGCCAGGAAUUGUGGAGCAGGAAUAUUUGUCAACUUUGCCACUCUGGAGAGAGACGGGAAGUUGCCUUUUAACUGGCGUAGAAGUAUUUUUGCUGUUCUUGCACUGCUCCCAUCAUGCUUUUGGACUGACUAUCUUUUGGCCUUUGGUAUUAACCCUUGGAAUAAAUACGCACUGAAGAAGAGGAAACUAGCCAACCCAGUUCAGCUGGAUGAUUUUGAAAUAUAUCUGAAGGAAAUGGCAAAAGACUCAGAUUACAAAUUCUCUCUGCAGUUUGAGGAUCUAAAGCUGGUUGGUCAGGAUAUAUCCCAUGAUGCAGCUGAAUUACCAGUCAAUCGAUGUAAAAAUCGUUACACCAAUAUACUGCCAUAUGACUUCAGCCGAGUCAAAUUAACUUCUCUGCAGUGUGAAGACGAGUCAGACUACAUCAAUGCUAAUUAUAUUCCUGGUUUUAAUUCUACCCGGGAGUAUAUUGCAACACAAGGACCCUUGGCAGAGACAAGAAAUGAUUUUUGGAAGAUGGUAAUUCAACAGAAAUCGGGCAUCAUUGUUAUGCUUACACAGUGUAAUGAGAGGAGGCGGAUAAAAUGUGACCAUUAUUGGCCAUUUAACAAACAGCCUGUCAGUUAUGGAGACAUCACCGUUGAAAUGGUUUUUGAAUCUGAGCAGCCUGACGAAUCAGAAGAUAGUCUUCAGUCUGAGUGGAUCAUAAGAGAAUUCAAUGUCAGCUACGCAGAUGAGGUUCGGAAAGUGGUUCACUAUAAUUACAUGGCGUGGCCUGAUCAUGGUGUCCCCACAGCGGAUGCAGCCGAGACCAUCUUACAUUUUGUCCAGUUGGUUCGGCAGCAAACAGUGGAGAAACCGGGACCUAUAAUUGUUCAUUGCAGUGCUGGAGUGGGAAGAACGGGAACCUUUAUAGCUCUCGAUCGCCUUAUGCAGCACAUUCAAGAGCACGAGUACGUAGAUAUUCUGGGCCUGGUGGCUGAGAUGCGAACUUACAGAACAUCAAUGGUUCAGACAGAGGAGCAGUAUGUUUUCAUUCACCGUUGUGUGCAGCUGAUGUGGAAAAAGAGAAAGCAACAGUACAAUAGUAGUGAUGUGAUUUAUGAGAAUUCUAGACCAUCCCAGUUAUGAGACUUGCAGGAUACAAAACCUUACAGUACAGUUCUUUUCCUGAGUUUUGGAUAUCCUGUGCUUUGAUUUGACCAGAGGAUGACUCCUAGCAAGGGAAAGAUUAAACGUGAAAACAAAUGCUCUGGAACAAUGCCUUAAAGUACCUGUAGUGUCUUUGGACUGUUUCCACCAAUGAAAAUUCAGUGUGGGACCAAACUCAUUUGGAAAGGUUUAAAGUAGGUACAAGUGACAUCUGCAUGAGGAAGGAAAGGAAGAAUGAAGCAUAUUGCAUCUCACUGCUCUUGUUCCGUGACUGCACAAGAUCUCCACUAAAACUCCAUUUCCUGGAAUCGUCUAGCCAUUUUUUUACAAACCAAAAAAAAAAGGAUUUUAAAUAAUACACUGAACUGCGAGGGAUUAAUGAAGAUGACAUUUAAAGAUUGUACAAGUACAAUAGAAAACAUUUGCAUUGAAGGUAGAGCUGGGAAUAGGAAGAUUUGUCAUUCUUGGCAGAUCUAAUAAAUAUUCUUCAAAAAUGCACAGGCUGUUUAAUAUUGAUGUUGUGUAAUGCAUUAAUGUGUCUGGCAGUUUUUGUUGUGUCGCAGAUGAGUAAAAUUCAUUUUCAUGUGGCAGAUUUAAUUGCAAAAAUGACUAAUUGUAAUUUUAGCACACUCAAAAUUUCCUGGCACUAAAAGAAGAGGUGAAAAGUCACAAGGUGUGUGCAUGUACAAUUGGAGCUCCUUGUUUUUCAGGACGCCAAGAGCAAAAAAUAAAUAAAUAAAAGCGUGUAUGGGCAUACACAUUGGGUAAAACUAGUCCUGGAAAAGUACAGGUACUUAAUCCUACCAUAAAAAUCCAAUGCGUAUGGGUCUAUACCCAACAAACUGGUGGAGUUUACACUGGACCAACACCAUGUUCCCAGAAAGGUCAAGGACCUCAUCAUGAACUACUAUGGGAACUUCAGACUGAGAGUCACUUCUGGUGCUAUGAGAUCAGGCUGGCAUAGGCUGGAGAAGGGGAUUAUAACUGGGUGCACAAUCUCCGUUAUUCUCUUUGCUCUUAUGGGGAAUAUGAUAGCCAAGGCAGCUGGGACAGAGUGUAGAGGCCCGCUGACCAAGUCUGGGGUUCGGCAGCCCCCGAUCAGAGCCUUUAUGGAUGACCUCGUUGUCACAACAACAUCAGUUCCUGGCAGCAGGUGGAUCCUCCAGGGCCUGGAUAAGCUCACUGCAAGGAUCAGCUUCAAUCCAGGUUCACGGUGUUGAAGAAGGGCAAAGUGGUGGACAAGUUUCGUUUUACCUUGGGUGGCGCUACAAUUCCAUCCAUCAUGGAGAAGCCAGUCAAGAGCUUGGGGAAUGUCUUCGACUGUAGCCUCAGAGAUGCAGCUGCUGUCCGAUCAACUUCCAAGGAGCUAGAGAGCUGGUUCACCAUGGUGGACAAGUCAGGCUUACCUGGAAGGUUCAAAGCCUGGAUUUGCCAGCGUGGCAUCCUACCCGGAAUCCUAUGGCCGCUUCUGGUAUACAAGGUGCCUGUGACAACUGUGGAGUUACUGGAGAGAAAGAUCAGUAACUACCUUUAAAGGUGGCUGGGCCUACCUCGCAGUCUGAGCGGCACAGCCCUGUACAGAAGGUGCAAUAAGCUGCAACUUCCCUUCAGCAGCCUGGACGAGGAGUUCAGGGUUUCCCACACAAGAAAGGUGCUGCAGUACAGGGAUUCCAAGGACCCUAAAGUGGCAGCAGCUGGUAUCCAGGUACUGAUAGGCGGGAAAUGGAAGGCACAGGAAGGGCUGGUGGUAGCAGAGUCCCGGCUGAGACACAGGGCUCUGGUGUGGACACUGUCAACUGGGUGAGCGGGGCUGGGCUCCAAUUCACAACCUUGCUAUGACAAGGCCAAAGGCAAGGACAGACGUCAACUAGUCUUGGAGGAGGUGCGGGCUGGCGUUGUAGAGGAGAGGAAUAGAGGGAUGGUGAGCAUGCAGCAGCAGGAAGGAUGGAGAAGUAGGGAAGGUGCUCCGGUGUGGAAAAUCUCCUGGUCUGACAUCUGGCAGGCAGAACCCCAGCGCAUUAAAUUUAUAAUCCAGGCUGUCUAUGAUGUCUUGCCAAGCCCUGCAAACCUCCAUAUCUGGGGCAAGAGCAAUACACCAGCAUGUCCUCUCUGUCCAGGAAGAGGAUCAUUGGAGCACAUCCUCAGCAGCUGCCCUAAAGCCUUGGGGGAAGGUCGCUACCUCUGGUGCUGGGGCAGUGGCAGAGAGCAUUGCAAUGGCCAUGAUCACCAAUAAACAGAGUGGUCAGAGGAGGAACAUCUCCUUUGUCAGAGCUGGAGCACACCCCCUACGUCAACCCAGACCAGCAUCGUCAUCGGGCCUGCUUAGCGCCGCAGCAGAUUGGCUGCUUCAAGUUGACCUGGAGAGGCAGCUGAAGUUUCCCAACCAAAUAGCAACAAUUUCACUGAGGCCGGAUGUGGUCCUUUCUUCAGUGUCCUCGAAGCAGGUUGUCCUCAUCGAGUUGACGGUUCCCUGGGAGGACCGCAUUCACGGCGCAAAUGAGUGGAAGCGGGCCAAGUACCAGGAGCUGGUGGAGCAGUGCUGGAGGCAAGGCUGGAAGGCUCGCUACAAGCCCAUCGAAGUAGGGUGCAGGGGUUUGGCCGGUUGCUCACUGCAGAGUUUUGGCAUCACUGGGGCUGGCAAGAGGAAAGCAAUCAGGACCAUCACAGCAGCUGCUGAGAGAGCCUCCAGAUGGCCGUGGAUCAGGAGGGGUGAUCCGUGGGUCAACGCUGCUGGAACACAAACUGGGGUCUGAUCAACCCCGGCUGGGUUGCCUGGGGGUGGGUGUAUGAUGUUGAAAGACCCAAAACACCCGACAACCCCAGGUUACGUCACUGAUGAUGUGUCCCAGCGCAUCCGCAGGAUGUAUCUCAGAAUCAAAAGAUGCGAUUCCACCCCUCAACCCCUCAGGUAUUUAAAAAAUGAUUUCAGCUAGGAAUUUGUGACUGAAAAUUUACAUUCCACCCCAACCCAAAAACAAAAUCAUUGCCAGGAGAGCCAAGCAUAAAGUUUACUCUGAGCAUCUGCUUGCUAUCUCAAACUACAACCAUGAAGAUACAAGUUGUGGGUUAAGUACCUGUACUUUUCCUGGACUAUUUUAAAGAAAUGAUUAGCAGCAUCUUUGAAAUAAAUUAAAACUCAUAAAAAGGGCUAAGGAACUUGUUAGUAAAAUCAAACUUAUCACACAUUACAAAUCAUUGGGUAUUACAUCAUAAGAAAUUACUUGCCUUAAACCCUGAGGGUUAGAGUCCAAGAAGUUAUGCAAAAAAAAGGAGAUCUGAACAGAAAAUAAAAGGUGGCAAAUGCUCAACAGAUCUGGCAUCAUUUGUGGAGUGAGAAAUAGGUAAUGUUUCUAGCUGACCUUUUAAACACAUUAGGAACUGUUAAACUAAGGCAAAUGUUUAAAUUCCAAAUAAACUCUGCCCAACUUUUGGUUGAAUUAUUGCCAAACAGUGCCCUGCCCACACAAACUUUGCGUUGUUUAAGUUUUCAUUGAGGGAAAAGGAGUAAUUCGUUCACACCUGCAUACCUGGGACUUAUUAGAGAAACAUAUUAUCAAAAUAACAAGUAUUUACUAAAUACUUAAAGCUAAAAUAAGAAAGGCAGUCUUACCAGAAAUAUACAUACAGCUUUCUAAUGUGCUGGGUAUAAAUGCAGAUUUGUGAAAAGGUGUAACACUUGUUCAAUCAUUUCUCACUUUUAUACCAUUGGUAAUAAAUCAUAUUUAUACACUAAAUAUUUGUAUUAUAUUGUUUCCCAAUUUUUUUGGUGGCUUGCUGUAGUGUAGAUUUUUCAGCCUUGAAUUGUACCUGUACUUGGAAUGCACCAAUUGAUACAACAUCUCAGUGAUAAUAAAUCACUAAUUUGCA